AAUUCUAACUAACAAAGAUAAUCUGAUUUUACAUAACUUGAGAAAAGCAGAACUUCAUUUUGUUAUCAAUGGCCCUGAAGAACUAGAGAAGACUGUGUUACAUUUACCCAACAUAAGAGAAGUUAAAGUGAUAUUUUCUACAGCAUACACUGAUAGACUUCCUCAGUGUAUUAAAGUUUUGUCUUCUUUGUCCAAAUUAGAAAACUUGACGCUCAUUCGUCGAAGUAAAAGUGUAUUUUACCAUAAACCCUAUUUGAAAGAUGUGACCAAAGAAUUGCAUAAUCUAAUAUUGAAUCAUCCUGGACUCCAGUUGUUUUCUAUAGCAGGUCAAAGAUUCUUCCGCUCCACUUUUAAAUCACUGCUAACAACAUGCAAAGACUUGGAAUGUAUAAAGCUGUACAACUGUACAGUAGUAAAGGCUGAUGGAAUUGUGAUGCCUUUAAAAACAUCAUUAACAUCAUUUAUAUUAACAGAUUGUAAGAUAGAUGAUCUCUUUGUUGAAAUUUUGACUGAAAGUUGUCCGAAUCUGAAAAAAAUCUCCUUUGAUCAAUGUCAGACCAUCAAAGAUCAAUGUUUACAACAUAUUGGAGAUAAUUGUCCAUUAUUAGAAGACCUUAACCUAAAUCAACGGAAGCCUGAAAUAAAUAUAACAUUACCACCUGAGACCUCAAUAUCAGAUGAGGGUUUAGAAAAAAUUGCUAAGGGAUGUCCAAGAUUAAAACGUUUACUUGUAAAUUAUUGUAAUAAUGUGGGUGAUUCAGGUAUUAUGAGUAUUGCUGAACAUUGUCCGAUGCUUUUAGUUUUGGAAACUGAGGGAUGUUCCAAAGUUACAGAAGAUUCAAUGGAAUGCAUUGCAUCUAAAUGCCAAUGGCUACGAAAAGUAAAUAUCAGGCAUUGCAAAUACAUUACAUUUCAUAGUAUUAACUUUUUAAUUAGGAAAUGUAGUUAUUUGGAAAAGUUAGAUCUUACAUUAUGUGGCAAUAAUCAAUUUGAACAAACUGAAAAUGAUUCCCUUUCAUCGAUUGCUAAAUAUGGGGAAAAGUUAAAAGUUCUAACGAUAACUGGAAACAAACAGAUCACCAUAGAAGGAAUAAAAGAGGUCAUCUGUUCAUGUGAUAGUUUGACUCAGAUUGAUUUCACAGUUGGAAGCAUUGUCAGAGUUUUGGAAAGUCAGGUCACAAGUUUUAUCAACAAUCAUGAUCAAAAACGUAUCUUCAUGAGGACAGGAAGAGGCAUGGGCCAUGAAUGUCAAAUUUAUGACAUGAAUGAAGACUAUUACAAUGUUCAACUAUAUAUAAAUGGACUUCAUUCAAGAUUUACUAUCUAA